CUUGUGUUGUGUCAGCUCUUCUGCGUCCACUCUGCUGCUUGCCCGUGUCCGCCUCACAUGUUGACUUAGUGUUGCAAGUCUUUAUGUGACGUCUAUGUCGCACAUUAUUCCGCUAACUGCUCGCUAUUCGCUCUCGUCACUCGCGCUAAGCAGCUAGCACUCGGCUAGCAAGUAAGACGUAGUAAAAAGCUGCUCGUUGUCGGCUAAAGCGGGUGUAAAUGUGCUGGCCGCCACGACACAUUCCACCAACGUCAUGGUUGCUUAACGCUUCUUUUAAAAGCCAAUUCUUUUGUCUUUGCCUGGCUUUGCAUGGAGAGCCUGUCCUUUUUGCCUUUGUCCCGCCCCCGCCCGGCCUCCAUUGGACACUUUGCCCGUCGCUCAUUUCUUGGCGGCCGUUGAUUGGCUGCUGCCGUCGAGAACAAGUGCCUUCAACGUGGCCUUGUCAAAACAGGCUAGUGUCGAAUAAAACCACCAAGCACGACGAAGACGUCAAUCACUGUUUAUGGCCAUGGACCCUCCUGGAAGACAGGCGGAGCGUCUUCGAAGGGAGGAGGCCUACUAUCACUUCAUCAAUGAGCUGAGCGAGGACGAGUAUCGGCUCAUGAGGGACAGCAACCUGCUGGGGACCCCCGGGGAGGUGACCGCCGAGGAGCUCCAGCAGCGUCUCGACGGCGCAAAGGAGCGUGAGUCGUCUCAGCCCAGCAGCGAGCGGCGCUUGCCUGCCGCUGAGCCGCCGGCACAGCAGGGCGGCAGCGGAGAGGAGAGGGGGUCCACGGGGAGACAAGCAGCAGGGGCCCUGGGAGAGCCAGAGACCUCCAACGGAGACUCCUUACUGGAGUGGCUCAACACCUUCAGGCGCACUGGCAACGCCACCCGCAGCGGGCAGAGCGGCAACCAGACGUGGCGCGCUGUCAGCCGAACCAACCCCAACAGCGGGGAGUUCCGCUUCAGCCUGGAGAUCAACAUCAACCACGACCAUCCUGAAGCGGGAGAGCACGCUGACACUUUGGACUCCGCCGAGCAACAUCCCGCCGCCGCUCCCAGCGCACCGUCCCAGCGACUCUCUGCGUUUAGCACGCCUCGGCCGGCGCCGUACCCCUCCCCCCGACCCGCCCUCAGCAGGAGGAUGCAGCCGCGCCGCACACGCAGCAGCACACUUCCUGUCAGACCGCCUGCACUUGUGGCUUCUCCGCCUCCCACUCACGAUCCAUCAGCACCUUCUCCGCACGGAGCCCCUGAUGCGGGCCUGGCGCAGGGCCGCGAUGACGUGACCUUAUCUCUGGACUGUCCCCGGGUGUCGCCGCAGUCCGGCUCCGAGGCCCCCGCCACGGAGCAAGACUCCCGCAGGACUCGAACACGAGGACGUUCACGCAGGGCCGCGUCACGGCGCAGUCGUUCCCCCCUGCACAGGAGCCCCGUCACCACGUCCACGUCCACAUCAAGCGUCCGCAUCGUCAACAUCGCAAGCGGCGCCGGAUCCGUCUCCGUGGAGACCGCGGCAGAACCCGCGGCGGAAACGGAGCCGGCUGGCGAGCGUGAGAACGAAUCCCAUUCCAGCGCGUCGGGAGCUUCAUCCGUCCGCCGGCACCCGACCAUCAUGUUGGACCUGCAGGUGAGAAGGAUCCGACCCGGAGAAAACCGAGACCGGGACAGCAUCGCUAGCAGGACUCGCUCUCGAGCCCGGGUGGCUGAGAACACGGUGACGUUUGAAAGCGACAGCGGCGGGUUCAGGCGCACCAUCUCCAGGUCGGAGCGGGCGGGGAUCCGCACCUACGUCAGCACCAUCCGCAUCCCGCUGCGGCGCAUCAGCGAGACCGGCCUGGGGGAGCCCAACUCCACCGCGCUGCGCUCCAUCCUGCGGCAGAUCAUGACCGGCUUCGGAGAGCUGAGCUCGCUCAUGGAGACGGAGGCGGAGUCUGAGAGCGUGGCCCCGAGUCACAUGGACGUCAGCGUGACCAACAGCGGCGCCACUCACGAGAACGCCUCCGUCCAGGUGGGCUCGGGCGGGCUGGACCCCGAGAGGGUGGGGCCGGCGGGGGCCGAGGAGGAGCAGGAGGGCCAGGCCAGGCUCGGGGGGGGCCAGGUGAGCGCCCCCACCAGCAGAGACACCAACAACCUGGUGGAGAACGGCACCCUGCCCAUCCUGCGGCUGGCGCAGUUCUUCCUGCUGAACGACGAAGAGGACGACGAGCACCCUCGCGGUCUGACCAAGGAGCAGAUCGACCAUCUGGCCACGCGCUCCUACGGCCAGGCCAGCCUGGAGGGCGAGGCGGGGCGCGCCUGCAGCGUGUGCAUCAACGAGUACGCCCAGGGCAACAAGCUGCGCCGCCUGCCCUGUUCACACGAGUUCCACAUCCACUGCAUCGACCGCUGGCUGUCGGAGAACAACACCUGUCCCAUCUGCAGGCAGCCCGUCCUGGCGCCGCGCCGCGACUGAUGCACACACCUGUUUGUCACUUCACCUGUCCAGUGCCAAGGUGCACUGGGAUAGGCUCCAGUAGAUUUAUGCUGCUUUAACAUCUGCUGACUGAAGAAUCCUCCAUCAAGUCUUUUAUUGGGCGCCAAACAAUCAUCCAUGCCACACCCACUUCAAGUCCACUACUUUUUCAGACAUGACUGGAGUGUAAAUACUUGGACAGGACAGCAAACGCUGGUGUGAUGUCUCUGAGGUGAGUCCUCACACACACCUGCCAUCAUCAGGAAGUGAGAGACGUGCAAUACAUGUAUUCAUAUUUGACCACCAUGUUGGAUGCACAGGAACUAUGAAGGACAUGAAUAUGUGUUGUGUUCCAUCCUUUCCAGCCUCUGCUCCUUCACAAUAAAACACUUGGUCUGAUGACGUCACUGUUUUAC